GUUCACAAGCAUAUGGUUCGCGUUGAAAAAGCAGAGGAGACGACAGAACUCCAUCACCAUCCCAUCUCUGUCGCAAUGGCAGUCAACCGUAAUUUAGUCGCCGUGGUAGGGCUAUUUCUGGCAUUUACUCUCUUCAGUUUGCCGGCUGAAAUCUCCGGCGAACAGACCCUCCUGUUCACGUUCGGAGACUCAUCAUACGAUGUGGGAAACAAGAAGUUCUUCUCGUCGGAGUUCGAUCCCGCCGCUGCGUGGCCGUACGGAGACUCCGUCGACGACCCGACCGGCAGGUGGUCCGACGGACUGAUAGUUCCCGAUUUUGUCGGGAAGAUGAUCGGAAUUGGAGAACCGGUUCCUCCGGUUCUUGAUCCAAAAGCCGAUCUCUCUCGUGGAGCGAGCUUCGCCAUUGCAGGGGCAACUGCUCGUGGAGUUCCUUCUGAUACUAUGAGUUUUCCUCAACAAGUAUCAAAAUUUAUGGAACUAAAAGGGAGAUGGACCGACAAACAACGAGCAGAAGCUCUUUACAUGUUCUACGUCGGAGCGGACGAUUACUUGAAAUUCGCCAAGGAGAAUCCGAGUGCCAGUCAGGCCGACCGAUAUGUCUGUAUUGCGAGCGUUCUAACUAAGAUAUCGAGUAGCCUCUACGAUCUGCACAAGAAAGGCGGGGCGAGAAAAAUCGCCGUACAGAACUUACCACCGCUCGGAUGCUUACCGAUAGUGAGACAAGAAUUCAAGACCGGCGAGGAAUGCCUUGAGAUACUCAACUUCAUGGCAUCAGUUCACAAUGAGAGGCUUAAACGAUUGCUCGGCCAGAUAACUAUACCUCUCCGAAACCUACGCUACAGUCUCCUCGAUUUCCACAGUGAAAUUCUCCGAAGGAUCAAUGAUCCAUCUCGGCACGGAUACACCGACACAACGACGUCGUGUUGCGGGAUUGGACCGAGAAACGCGUUUGGUUGCGGAUACAGCAACGUGCAUUCGAAUCUCUGCAGCUACCAAAGGUCGUUCCUUUUCUACGACGGCCGUCAUAACACCGAGAAGACCAACCGGGAAAUCGCCGAUCUCUUCUACUCGGGCGACAAAAACGUCGUCGUGCCCCGCAACAUAAGAGAUCUCAUGCGCGAACCCGCGACUGAUCUCCUUCAAGAAAGCUAAAAACGCAGAAAAUCUGGUCAGAAAUCUCAUCGGAAUAAGUGAUAGUCGCUUCCCAUUUGAUAAGCUCUACGCAUGUUAUGGUAAUUCUUCGAACCAUUGAUGUUGUCAUGAGAAUGGUGUCAAUUUAAUCUAUUGGUCCAACUCCAAGGCCCUCGGACAAGAUCUUAUCAUUUCUAUUACAAGGGUUUUGUUUCA